AUGCAAUAAAAUUUAAUAAAUUAUAGGAAAAGAAUAAAUCAAAUAGUUUCACCAGCUUUCUUUAAAGAACGAAAGGUUUCAGAAGUAGUGGAGUUAUAACCUCUCAUUCUUAAUAAUCGCAUAAAAUCUCUACAUCUACCUGAAGGUUAAUAAUUAUUUUUGGAUAAUUCUAUUGAAUUAGAUUUUAGUGGUUUUAAAACUGCCUAGAUUAAUCUUUCCCAUAACAUUACGGUUUUUUAAAGUCCUGGAUAAUUUGAUGGUGGUUAAGCAAUGAAGAGAUCUAUAAUUUUAUCAAGAAACUCUUCACCAAAAAAUAGGAAGUUAUAAAGAAGAGGCACUCUUUUUCUAAUAGAUGAAAACGAAUAAAAGAAAUAUGAAUAAUGGGUUAGUAGGUUAAGAAAAAGAACAACUGAUUAUUUUAUUAAUAUCAUUUUGAAUCACUAUGUCGAACUAUUUGCUUCGAUGCAAAUGAAACAUUAUAGCCAUUUGGUUGAUAUUUAUAACGAUAUAGGAGAACAAUUAUUGUAAAGUCCAAUUACUUUGAUUCGAUUUACUUUAGUUAUUGGAUCAUACUUUUUAGAAAUGAAAGAUUUUAAUAAAAGUAGUUUCUUAUCUAAAUAGUUGUUCAUAAUAAGCAAGAUGUUGUCUCUAUAUAAAGAAAGAGCAAGGAUAAUGCUAUUUAUUUCUAAAAUUUGUUAAUAAGGAUAACUAUAUGAAUUAUCCUUAUAAAUUUUAGAAGACGGAUUAGUAUACAGUUGGUUGAGUGAUGGAUAAGAAGAAGAGGCUUAGAUCUAUGAGUCAAUGGGAUUUUCCUUGUUUUAUAUGUAACAAUAAAAGAAAGCUAGAGUAUUUCAUUUUAAAUAUGUGAACGGACAUUUAGAACCUCAUAAUUCUUAAUUAAGAAUCUCCAUCAUAUAAUAAUUAUAAUUAUCAGAAAGACUAUUAUAAGAGAAAGGAGAAAAAUAAGAAACUAUGAAUGAUGUUGUAUUGAAUAGAUUACAAUUUCCAUUUUUGAAAAGAGAGAAAAAUAAAAUAAUCAAAAAAAUGGACAUAUCAUAAUUUGAGGAAAAUGUUAAGUAAGUGAUUAGUGAGUAGAGUUAAGUAAUAAAAUACGAAAGCAUAUUGUUAAGAGAUAGUUAGAUACAACAAUCAAAGAUGAAAUUAAGGGAUUUAGGAACAAUAACUCAUAAAUAUUUGGAAAUGAAGAGGAAAAGUAUUAGAUUAUAAUGGAAAUAAAGGGAGAGAAUUAACAACUUUACUUUGGAUAAGAACCUAAAUGAAUAUAUUAAAUAGAGAAAUAAGUAAAUCAUAGAUUGUUCAGUACUAUUUUAAAGGAUACAUGACAAUGUUGCACAUAAAAAGGAUAAAGAACUAGAACCAAUUCUAAUUAAUUAGAGCCAAAAGAAACCAUUGAUUUUGUAUAUAAGAAAAGUAUUUGAAUAAUAAUUAUUUGAUUGA